UCCAGUGUGAAAAUGAGUGCCACUCUCGGGAGUGUGCGAACUUAACCGCUGCGGCGAGUGCCCACGAGCGGUUCGGGGUUCCGUUUGCGAACGAGCAUGUAAACAACACGACGAGCGCACGAAACGAUCGCCCGAGUGCAUCGUGCGCUGGCUCCAGCAGGCAACCGUACCGGGGGCCGGUCAGUUCGAUUCUGUGUCUGAACGGCGCCGGAAGUGUCGCUGUGUCGCGUUGCGCUUGCCGCGCGUGCCUGCUGUCUAUCGCGUCUGCCGGGAAGGGUGCAGCUCAUCGGCUCCCGCAAGACAAACACACACACCGACCUCCGUAGUACGAUCAAAGUAAGCAGCGAGUUCAUCCAGAUGCGAUUUUCUCCGUGCUACGGUAGGGCGAGAGCAUCAGUGAAAUCGUGAACAUUGAAACCGCAAAGUGAAUGUUACUGCCGAAAAGCGCACAACAAACCCAGCCGAUAUAGACCAGUGUAUGUGUGUGUGUGUGUGUUUGUGCGUACGUACAACGGUAGAAUAGUAAGUGAAACGGUUGGUUUGUCUAAAUGCAGCCCGCACCCAUCUGCCCGCCUACAGCACGAUCCCCACCCGCGCCGGAAGACUAAUUUAAACGGCCAACGGUAGCGCGUCGUGACUUAUUGCUCUCCGCGGCGUUCGGACCGCGGGGCCCGCCCCUGGCGAUAAACGAUGGCAGAUUGGAGCGGCGGCCACCACCGGUACCGUCUUGGGCUAUUUUCGUUGCCCGUUACAUCAUUCGGCCCAUCGUCGCCGUCCGUGCCACAGGUCGUGCCGUCACGAGUACGCAUCACGCCAGUAGACGAGCGAACCAGCAGCCCUGCGCGUAGAGCCUAAAAACUGUCCAACAACUCGCGUUCCCUGCAGCGAUCGGGUAGCAGUUCUCUUAGUGUAGCGAAACCACCUAGUCAAAUCGGUCCAGGACCUGCAUGCGCUGAGUGUGACAGGCCGCGGCGACACUCACCGUCGUGGCCAUCGGCGCAAAAGCGAAACCUUCCCCCACUCCACGACUCACCAUCAUGGGUGUAAUUCUGCAAAACUUUAGCCAGCCGGGCGCGAGGUACAGCCCCGACCAGGUGCCCCAAACACCGCCGCCACCCGCCGCCCCAUCACCGACGAUAUACCGCGAGCUCGACAUACUGCUCCGGCACGAGGGCUCCAUUCCGGCCGUGUCCCUCGCCGGCCUAACCGCAACGCUCGGGCUGGACAGCAAUGGCGAGCUGCUCGGGGCGAACUACGGUGCGAACGGGUCCGAUCUGUCCGAGCUGCUCGACGGCUGCCCCAAACCGGACGACACGCUCUACCCGACCAUGUUCGGCAUCGAUCUGGCCGUGCCACAGUGGGAAGCGAUCGGUACGGCCCUCAUCCUGACGCUCAUCAUCAUCAUCACGAUCGUCGGCAACAUCCUCGUCAUACUGAGCGUGUUCACGUACAAGCCGCUCCGGAUCGUGCAGAACUUCUUCAUCGUGUCGCUGGCGGUGGCGGACCUGACGGUGGCCAUACUCGUCCUGCCGCUCAACGUCGCCUACUCGCUGCUCGGCCGGUGGGAGUUCGGCAUCCACGUGUGCAAGAUGUGGCUCACCUCGGACGUGCUGUGCUGUACCGCCUCGAUCCUGAACCUGUGCGCGAUCGCGCUCGACCGCUACUGGGCGAUCACCGAUCCGAUCAACUACGCCCAGAAGCGGACGCUCGAGCGGGUGCUGGCGCUGAUCGCGGGCGUCUGGGUGCUGUCGCUGGUGAUCAGCUCGCCGCCGCUGAUCGGGUGGAACGACUGGCCGGAGGAGUUUUCCAGCGAGUUCCCGUGUCAAUUAACGAGCAACCAGGGCUACGUGAUCUACUCGUCGCUCGGCUCGUUCUUCAUCCCGCUCGCCAUCAUGACGAUCGUGUACAUCGAAAUCUACAUCGCGACGCGGCGCCGGCUGCGCGAGCGGGCGCAAGCGUCCAAAAUCAACACGCUCGCGUCGCGCAGCAUCGGCAUGGUGGCUGGCAAUGGGGAGAAGGAGCUGACCACGACCCACCACCAGCAGCAGCAGCAGCAGCAGCACCAACACCACCACCAGUCACACCACCACCAGGACGGGCACGCGAUCCAGCACGACCAGGAGUCGAUCAGCAGCGAAACGAACAACCACAACGAACAAACCGACACGGGCAGUGGCGGCCCGGUGCUGGCGGGCAGUGGCAAGCCCAACAAAAAGGGCCACCUCCGGUUCGGGGGCUACCUCGGGCGGGCGCUGGGCGGUGCGGCCGGCCGCCACCGCAAAAAGCAACACCACCGGAAGCGGCCAGGGGACGGCCCGGCGGAGGAGGGGGAGGACGGCCGGCCGCACCGACUGGCGGCUAGCGCGCUGCAUCAGCGCGAGGACGACUCGGUGACGGACAACCCGGACCACUCCGGGUCGGGCGACAGUGGUGGGGGGGUCGGCAAGGCGCCGCUGGACGCGGCCCACCCGUCCACCCUACUGCCCCCCACCGGCAACUGUGAUAUGACGGGCGGGUCGGCGACGGGCGAGCCGGCCCCGCGGAACGGGGCCAGCAACAACCAUCACCAGCGCGAGGUGGGCUUCCACGAGUCGACGGCCGAGUUGAUGGUGGUGGCGGCGGCGGCCCCACCCACGACCCGGCUCGGCGGCCGGCUCAAGCAGUCGUUCCGCAAGCCGGGCGGCAUCAACCAGUUCAUCGAGGAGAAGCAGAAGAUCUCGCUGUCGAAGGAGCGGCGGGCGGCCCGGACGCUCGGCAUCAUUAUGGGCGUGUUCGUCGUCUGCUGGCUGCCGUUCUUCCUGAUGUACGUCAUCCUGCCGUUCUGUCCGUCCUGCUGCCCGACGAACAAGCUGAUCAACUUCAUCACCUGGCUCGGGUACAUCAACUCCGCGCUCAACCCGAUCAUCUACACCAUCUUCAACCUGGACUAUCGGCGCGCGUUCAAGCGCCUGCUCGGCAUUAAGCCGUAGAGAGCGACAGAGAGGAGCACAGAGCGGGGGGACGAGCCACACAGAGUAGGGGAAAGGGGGGGGGGGAGCAUUCACUUCCGGGGAAAAUCAGUUCACUGUUGUGGCAACGGCACGGUGUCCACUUGACGUGCUUCUCUUCCGGCAAAGCAAUGCUGUACAAAACGGGAUCGGGAAAGGGGAGCAAAGUGGCAUUUAAAAAACCCAACAUACACGCACACACACACACGUACACACUCAUCAGCAAAUGACCUACAAAUUACCCUCACCCAAAGGCAAAGGGCGAUACCGGAAUUCACUCGUCAAGUCGGCCCACUAAGUGGGACGGUGCUCGAAAGCUUUUAUGUACGCCAACGACUAGCGGAACUAUUAACCGUCCUCUUCGCAUCUCAUCCAUCCAUCCAUCCAUCCGUAAGUGUCCCUUUUUGUACUACCAGCCCCCCUAUCCCCUUCUCACUGUUUUCCCUACCCACCACCACCACGCUCUGUAUUGUGUAGUUCUCGCAAAAAGGAACCAGCACAGAAGUGGGUUGUUGGUAAAAGCUUUUCAUCCUCGCUCGCUAUUGAUUUUUAUCUUUCGCCCCCUUUUUUGCGGUGCUUUCGGUUCGCUAAUUAAUCUACGCACUGUUUUUCUUCUUCUGGACCUCGUUCAUUUAUUGUGUUGCCUUUCCGGGGGGCGGUGGAAGCAAGCAGUGAAUCGGCAACAAGAGGGAGAGUACUCUAAAAAAAAAAACAGCACUCUCCAUGCAAAAAAUAAAAAGACAAAAAAAGGGCUUCAUCCCUUUGUCUUAAAGCUUUUCAACUGUGCGAUACACCUCCCUUCAACCAAAGCUUCCGCGAGUUUUGUUUAUGCACUGUUUUUACACAAUUUUUUGUUGUUUACUCGCGUUCAAGGGAUUUUGCCAAUUGUGUUCAUUCAUUCCAUUCGGACGGGCGGAUGUGGUGAUGAAACUUCAAGCCGGGAGAGAGACAGAGAGAAAGAUAUUGUCCCGUUCCGGACCGUGCUCUGCCUUCUACAUACCCGGAAGUCGGCAAUCCCGCUUGUAUGCCCGGAUCCCCAGACCGGUACCCGUUUGCAUGCGCUUUCGUCCAGCACUUUUCCACUCAAAAGCCACCGAAUGGGGUCGGUGGAAAAGUGGAGGAGGUGCUGUCACAAUUCAAGGCCGGUCCCAUUCAACCGGUGCGCUCUUAUCUUUGAUCGUUUUCGGGCCAUUUUGUGCAAGCGCGAGAGUGUCCUUCGCACGGCCCUAUCGCGUUACAAUAUCGAGUUACAAAUUGAGAGGAGGGGACAAGCACACGGUCUGCCCUGCCGCCCCCCCCCUUGGUUGCCGUUCAUCCCCGCUCCAUCCAUCGUUUUUUGUUUUUUUUUGUUUAUGCAUCCCGCUUCUCCUGUUGAGCCAAACCGCUGCUAACCCACAAACCGGAACCGGACCUACUGGUAGUCGGUGCUUUCUUACAAACCACACCAUUGCCUGCCGCCUUUUUGCGCCCGACUUGUUUGGGCCAACCGGACACUUUCGACCGGCUUUUCUUUUAUUUCGAUCCUUCAGCAACAAUCUUCAUCCCUUCCCAGUUCUACCGACCCUUCGCCGCGGUAACAAGCGCACAACGUUCCCGGGGAGCUGGUAUUGUAAUCAAACCAAUCUUGCCAACAAUAAAUUCCUCGCUCCGACUAGCCCGCUUUGGUACACUCAAACCGCUUCAGCUCGCCUUGUUUUGCGCUUGAGAGUAGCAAGGCAAAGCGAACGACAAACGGUUCACAUCCGGUGGAAAACGGCUGCUUCGGUCGCCGAGUCGCCAUCCCUCAGCCACCCCGAGGCUAACUACGUCGGUGUGCUACGACAACAAUAACAAGCCACUUUGUCCCCGUCACCAAGGGUAGCGCUGGAAAGACACAGCAGCGGUACAACAGCAUGUCCUUCCUUCCCAGCCAGCCAGCCAGCCCACCGUCUGGCACCAAACCAUUGGCACCAAGCUCCAGCACGGGGUGCCCCGGGGUGGUCCAUUCUUCAUCAUGCUCGUCGUCGUCAAGGCGAACGCGACGAAUCAACCGCCGACGCAGCAGCGGUGGCGAAAAGAAAAACAGUUUCAAAAACAUGCCCCACCCUCCCCAUUUCAUCGCUCCUUGUCAUGGGGAGAAAAUAUGUGGUGGGAGGGUAAAGUUGCAUACCGCAAUUUCUAACCACCACUUCCACCUCCAAACAAUGGCGGGAGAGCGAAAGCGAGAAAACAGAGAGCUGCCAUACGCGCGGGAUGUCCCCGCCGCGGAAGAAAACCGACAGAAUUGGGGAAAUCCAUUUGUAUGUUGCUACCGCGCGAUACAUUCCGCCAACUCCAGCAAACAGAAGAAGAAGAAGAAAACAACAACCGGAAGGUAAGAAAAGGCUCUCUCCCUCUUCCCUUUACCACAGCCCCGCAAAGUAGGGCACUUUGGGGGCGCCCGCGAUCAGGAACAAUCAUCGGGGCGCGCGUUUCUGAGAGACGGUUGCGCAUCGGAACAUAAUACGCUUCAAAGUUCCGGCCCGCCAGCCAGGGCCAGAUGGAUGGCAAAUGGCAAAGUGGAAAACUUUUCGCCCCGUGUCAGACCGGUUCCGCGCGCCGUCCGCGUGUACGGCUGACAAUCUCCGGAUCUUUGCGGCGACAAAACGCUCCUGCUAAAACACAAUACACUGUCGCUGGGGAUGGGACAGUGUGGCACGUGCGACACAAGCGCCCUCUAGGCAGGCUGGCUCGGUUGUAAAUGCACCAUUAUUAUCUGCUGUAUGGUUUCACAUAAAAACAAGCAUACAAAACACAUAUCGCUACACAUCAUGCGGGCACAUAUUAGCACAUUUUGCAUGUGUGUGUGUGUGUGUAUGUGUGGGUGAUUGUGCCUGUGUGUCGUAAGAGUACUUAACGUGUUCCGCAGAAAUACUACCGCCUACAAAGGGCAGGAUCCAACCAAAGACGCUUUUCCACGUAAUGAUGCUGCGGUUUUAAAGCUUCUUAGCACGCGCGCACACACACGCACACACACACACACAUAAUGGAGGUUUGUGUAAGACGGUGCGCCGGAGAUUACUUCUGCUUUAUGUGUGUUUUGUUUUGAUUUUGCAUAAUAAUUAUUAUGUCAAAGGUGCUGUGUUUUGUGUUGAGCACGGGAAGCACGGAAAUUAAUUACCAAAUCCAUCCUGCCUUUUUUUCCCAUCGGUGUACAACUUUGCGCCGCAAAUUUAACGCCUCCAUUAACAUAUUAUUGCUCAAGGCAGCAGGCAGCGUAAUUGCAAGGGAAAACAUAAUUAUUAUUAAAUGAAAAGCUCAACUUCCACAGCAACUGCAGUGGAUAACAACUACCAAACAAAGCCAAACAAGUCCUUUGCGGCAAACAUUUUUGCUUUGGUUAGUUUCCUGUUCAUCAUCUCUUUCAAAUAGGUUUCUCCGGUCUGCAACUUUCUUCCCUGUCUGACGUUCCUCUCACACCAGCAAACCAGCGAACUAGUUCAUUUGCAUUCCAAUCAGAUUCCACCAGCCCAAACAAGACAAUAAUAGUCUAUCGACACUGACACAAAACUAUGAUUAUUAUGAUUAUCGUUCUCGCGUCCUGCUUCUCGAUCAGAAGUGCAGCUGCGUUGCUUCCCAGCCCACUUCUCCUUGCAUUUCCCUUCCCGAUCCUUAUCCGCCCUUUCCACCCCUACCAAAGAAAAUCGAAAAGUCGAAACUUGCGAAAGUUCCAACCGACCGACGUGCGCCCACGUGUUGGCUGGUUUACUUUGCCGAAACUUUCCCUGCAGUAGCUUUCACACCGUGACGGGGGAGUGUGGAGCUGGGGUAAUCUAUUGUUUUUUUUUUUACAGUACGGUCGAUCCGUGGACAGGCGAGCGUUGAAGCGAAUUGGUGUAGAGAAGAAAAAGCAAAGAAACUUAGCACACAAAACUUUCACCGGAAGGACGGGAGUUUAGUUUAAAUUUAGACGGGCAAAGAGAGGAGGAAACAAAAACUAGACACCCUUCCUCCUCCUUCAAUUCCCGAUUGGGUGAACCGUUUUCAUCCUCCUUUCCCCCCCGAAAUGGAACAAAAUCAAACCACGUGUGCUCGAACCGCUCAAACUUCUGGCUCGUCUCGGGUGGGCUGUAAGGAUAAGGAUAAGGACUGUAGGGGGAGUCUCUCUAGCGAGAGAGAGAGAGCAUCAAACUAAAUCAAACAUUGGGCCGAAUCUUUCGGGGUUCAGGGUCAAAGGAAUCUCUAAACUUCUUACCGUAAGUCAAACACAAACGCGACACACACACACCCGACCAAAAGCUAACUAAGAAAGCAGCCACACACGUGCCGAUAUGUGUGCCGAUGGUCGUCCUCCAGCAGCUUCUUUUUUCGAGCCCAAAGAGAACCCGCUGGACCCGCUGCCACACAUACAUAUCGGCGCACAGCCCUGUACCGGGGCCAGCUGGAAGCUCGUUGCAGCAAGACGUUGACGUUAGCAAACGAAGCCUUUUCCAACUCCUUUGUACAGCAAAAAAACGCCACACAACGCCAUAUUACAGGAGCGACAGGAGCGACACAAAAGGUGACAACUGACUGUUCUGCCCCGAAACCUACCGAAGCUCCGCAUGCGAGACCAACUCGAACAGGAUAGUUGUCGUCCCAUUUUCUUUCACUUACAACACAUGCGCUUCUUUGCGCUGGAAAAAGUUUGGCACACAGAACGUGGGCUGAAUAUUCGGGCAAAACUACACUUUUGUGAACGGUUUCGAAGCCAGGCGAAGAAGGGGAGGGAAAGAAAACAUAAACGUAGAAUUUACCGUGGGUGGUGUGUAAGAGAACGAGGCACUGCAAACACACACCACCAACGAAUGUAUAGUAAGAAUAGUGUUUUAAAAUACUGCUGCUGUCGUUCAGUGCAUUCCAUCGCUUUCCUUUCGGUCGGAUCGACGGGAUCGGACAGGGGGCUGUGGUGCAAUGGAAGGAUGCACGGAAGCAGCAUCAACGGCAGCAGCGAUAGGUCGAUAGUAGUGGCAAUGGAAGUAGUUUAAGUAGUACAUAGUACCAGUACUAUGCAGUGCAUGCGAAGAGGAUAGGAAUUUCAUAACGUACCUGUUACAGUUUCGUUUCAAUGCGAUGUAGUGGGACUAUUUUGUACCUUUCGUUUAUCAGUAGCGCAUUCCGUUUUCACUAACGGCUCCCCUGGGUUUUUUUAAGAUGAAAUAAGAAGAAGAAGAAAGAAUAAAACACACACACCCAUAAACUUACUGUAGAAAAGGGGAGACACAUAACAAAAACACAAAUUCAUCCUCAUAUCGUUCCGUGGUGGGUCCAGGGCACGGUUUUAAAACUAGUCCCGCCCGCGCGCUUGUGUGUAUAUUUUUGUACAUGUGCAUAGCAAACAGAAAAAAAACACACAAAAACACAUACACAAAACUAAAAAAGUUCGGGCAAAAAGGGUCCAGAGAAUGGAAGCGAAACAGGGAUAAGUGGAGGGAGGAUAAGCGAGGUGAACGAGGAAGUGAGGGAAGCAGGGAAAAAGGGAAUAAUUAAACAUUUCAUCAGUAGCGAGAUGAGAUGUGGCAACUCUGUAGCUAGUAGUAGUCGUAGUAGUAAUCGUAGUCGUAGUAGUAGUAACAACACACACACACACCCAGUUGGCGCUUCUUUACUGCUGCUUUGGGUGGAGUGUUCACGGGUGAAGAGGCCGGUAAAACUCAAACGAGCGGUCACCUACACCAGGUGCCAGGUACGGUACGGUCCGUCGCAAUGCGCCACGGUGUGUAAACGUGUUUAAUUGGGUAGUGCUAGUGGCGGAACAUGCGAAUAAGCAAACGAAUAGAUGUGUAUAGAGAUGAAGUGAGCAGCUGGGGAGAAGGGAACGUUUCCCUCCGGUUGUGUGGGGGAAGAUUUUCUUUUUAAUACGAAAAAAGCCACAGCUUCAGCAUGGAAAAUUGCUAAUGCCGUGCUUAUCAUUGCUGUACCGUCAAACGGAAUACAAUUCGGAGUAAGUUAGAUGUAGAGAGAGACAGAGAAAAAGAGAGAGAGAGAGACAGAGAGAGAGAAAGAGAGAGAGAGAGAUGAAGAUGAUAUAAGAAAAAAACAAAAAAAAACUAAAUAAAUAACGAAAAGCUCUUUGUACAUCCCUCUCUCUGUCGCUAUUCCUCUCUCUCUCUUUCUCUAUCACUCAAAUACUCCAUGUGUACAUAAAUUCAAACGAUGUAGAGCCAAGCUGGUUUGAUAAAUUUAAAAAAAAAUGCUAACCAUCCUACAGCAAAUGGAUGGAAGCAAAACAAAACGAGAAAGACAGAGUGAAAGUCGCGCAAAGAGGAAAAUUAGUUAAGCCAGCCACAGUGUGUUAUCGAACUCUAGAUGUGUAUCUAAUAAAUCCAAUUCCAAAAUUCAAAUAAAAGCAAAACCCUCUCCAAGAGGUAACAGACACAGAUGGCUCCCCCGCAUGGUGGGGAGGGAGAGAAAGAGAAAGAGAGAGGAGUAGCGAGCAGCAAUUGAAAAAAAAAUGUGCAAAACGGAAUGGUUUGGGGGGGAUAAAAACAUAAAGAAGCAAAAUUUACUCUUUACCAACGCAUGGCGCGGGUCUGUUGAAUGUUUUUUGCACCCGUUGCGGCGGAAUGCAAGAUAAAUAAUAGUUUAAUAUCAAAGCGAAUAAAGCAACCAAACAAAUCAAACAAAACACACACACACAUACACACCCACACACAGCUCGAUUAAAAUUUAAAUAAACAAACACUAAACAAACGAUACUAUAAACGAGAUUAAAUCAAAUCGGCCAACAUCAAAUCUAAAACUGAUCGUUAAGCAACAAAUAGUAAAGCAGAGCAGAAUGGUGAACAAAUCGAGAGCGAAGAGGGAAGAAACAGAGAGGUGUUUCGUGGAAGAAGAAGAAGCAAAACAACAAAAAAACGCUGCCUAGUUUUAGUUCAAUUUGCAAUAAAGAAUCUGUUUGAACAAAAUGUAAAUUA